GAACGUCCACAAGUUUUUCGUCAAUCGUAAAGUAUACUUCAAUUAAUAAUAAGCAGCGAAAUACUUAACAAAAACAGUGCAGCACAUAUUACAAUAAUGGAUCUCAAUGGUCCUCAGUCGCUAUCCAGCAUACUCCUUCAGGAAGAACUAAAGCUUGUGCCAGACAACAUUAAAGAAAAACUCACAGCAUAUAUCGAACAAUUUUCAGAUGAAUAUUGUAAAUACCGAGCAUCAGCCAAUCGCCUAAAUGAUUCUGAGCAGAAAAUUGAAGAGUUGCAAAACGAAAUCAAAGACUAUCAAUUAAAGUUCACCCACUUUGAGCAAAAUGUUGCCGAGCUACGUACCCAGUUGGACGUUGUGUCGGCAGAACGUGCCCAAUUAUUUGACUCGGUCAGCAACCAUGACCUCAGCGUGGGCUCGCUGCGCAAGGAGAAAAACGCUGUAGUUGAAGAGCGCGACUCACUUUUGAAGGUCAUAGAGCGUCAGAACAGUGAGAUCGAGCGUCUGAAAAAUGAUUUGCACACUUACCAGCAGCAGCUAAGUAGCGCUAUAACCGCCAAAUGUGAAGCCAUUGCUCGGGUUGAUGAAGUACAAAGCAAAGAGGUGGCAUUGGACAUCAAAGAGCGGCGCUUGGAAAGCGAGCAUGCUAUGCUGCAAAAAGAAAUACAAUUGCUGAACGCCGACCUGAGUCGCAACCAAGCGGAGCUCAACAAUUUACGCCGAGACAAAUCAUUAAACACAAUGCACUUAGAAGUACGUCUUAAGGAAAAGACCGACGAGUUGCAAAUAGUACAAAACCAAAAUUCACAGUAUACUAAAACGAUCGAAGACUUGAACAAGAAGAUUGAAGAGCUAAAUGAAAAUAUUUACCAACACAAUAUGGCUACCGAGCAAUAUGUGGACACUCUAAAAAAAGAACUAGAUGCAAAGGAAAAGCUCGUAGAUAUAUACAAGAAUGCAGAGGACGAUAGCGUUGCAGAGCGAAAUGAGCUACUCACAGGAAUUUCCGAUUUGAAGCGUAUGCUAACUGAAGCAACAGAGCAACAUGGUGCUUUGGAAUCUCAGUUUUUGAGGGCUAAACAGUCACAUGCUGAGGAGGUGAAUUGUCUAAACAAAACUAUUGACGACCUAAAGACAGAAAUAGCCCAUGCAAACGACUUGCUAAAGGAGGUGCAGGAACAAAGCUUAGAGAGUGCUAUUUGCAAACUGGCACCUACCGCUGCCGUCGCCAGUCGCCUUAUUCGAUCAGAUAUGUCCCUAACUGAACUCUACUCACUCUAUGCUAAAACAGCCGAAGAAUUGGAAGUGCAAAAACGCGAAAACUCUCAGCUUUCGUUGCAGAUUAAGGCAAUUGUGAUGGAAAUAAACGAACGUGCUCCCGUGCUAGAAAAGCAAGGCAAUGACUACAACAAAUUGCUUGAUACCCAGAACAUUUUGAUGCAGCAACGAGACGAACUGAUGGAAAAGAAACUAAAGCUCGAACACGACUUAGAAAACGCGCGCUUCGAUGUGGCACAUGCAACAAAAGAGAACAAGAAACUCAAGCAAUCACAAACGGAUCUAAGUCGCCAAGUGUGUGCGCUACUCGAUGAGAUCAACUACUUGCGCGCAGGCGUCAAUCCUUCACGCCACCAAAAGCCAUCAGGCCCCGUGUAUAACUCAAACGACGCUAUUUCGAAGGAGCUUGUCACCUUUGCCUCCAUUACUGAAAUGCAAGAAAAGAAUGUAAAGAUUUUGGCUUUAAUAAGAGAUUUGAGCUCACAAUUGGAAGAGAAUGAGAAGAGAAAUGAUGAAUUUAAUCUUAAAGUUCACGAGGAAAAACUUAAGAAGGCCGCAAAAAGGCUUGAGGAAAUGGAAGAGGUCUUGGCGCAGAAAAACAACAGCAUUACCACCUUAAUGGCCAAGUGCGAACGCUAUAAGAAGUUCUAUUUUGAGGCUCAAAAGAAGUCUGGCAACCAAUUGGUCGACCUGGACGAUUCGACAGUGCUAGCAGACGAGUCUGCUGCUGAUACUUCAAAGCCCAUGAGUAGUACAAGCACUCAAGAUGUAGAGGCUAAACUUGAGCGUCGCAUCAAAAGCUUGGAGCAACAGCUGCAAGAUGAAACAAAGAAGUAUGCAGCUCUUAAGGAAAGCCAUGAUUACUACACGAACGAAAAACGUAAGAAUGAUGCCAUGCUGCAGGAACAAUUCGAUGCAAUGCGCAAGGAAGUUCGUGAACUGACCUCAGUAAAUUGCAAGCUAAUGAACGCCUCCGAAUUCCAAAAGGAACAAGCUGAGCUUCUACAAAAGAACAUUGCCACCUAUAAGCUACAAAUUGAAACGCUUGAGGAGCGCACAAAGAACUAUGAGAAAACAAUUAUCAAACACGAGCAGACAGUAAACAUGCUUAAGGAUGAGGUGAUGAAUGCCCAUCGCAAGCAGGCUACAUCUGAAUCCGAAGUACAUCAUCUGCGUCAUGAGAAUCGAAUGCUGAAGGACACAAGUUCGCGUCUGCAGGCCGAAAAGGAAGGCUUCCAUCGUGAGCAGCAUAAUCAAACACUUCUGCUUAAUAACUUAGAGUUCAUUAAGGCCAACUUAGAACGUUCCGAAACUGAAGGUCGUUUGCGUUUAGAACAGCGUCUCGACGAUACCGUCCGUGAAUUGUCUGCACAGCGACGUCAUUUCCAGGAGGAAGAAGAAAAAUUCCGCGAAACCGUCAACGAGUUCAAACGUCAGGCGGAAACAGCUAAAAAGCUAAUGGAGGAAGAGAAACAACAGGCCGAGAAAUUACAGGCGGAACUAAUAAGCGUUCGUGAAGAGCUGGCCACUAAAGUGAAUCAGCUCAAUGAGCUCAGUAAGAAGCUGCAGGAUAGCUUGACACCCUCCCAGAAUGAGAAUCCAAUAACAGCGGCGAACAAGAAGGCACGUGAAUUUGAGCUGAAAUAUGAGCAAACCAAGAUUGAAGUUGAUUCCCUAACCAAUGAGCUAGCUAAGGCUCGAGAGCACGGCGAGCAGUUCUACAAAAUGUCUCAAUGUGCUGAGAGUGAAAUCAAGCGCUUGCAUGAUAUACAUUCUGAUAUUUUGGCCAAGUCAGAAGAGGAGAUUAAAAAACUUAAGAAAUCCGAGGCAGAACUAAAGACGCGUGUAACAGAUUUGGAAGCUGAAGUGAUGCUCGCCACUGUAACAGAGCAGGGUAAGUCUACAAACCAAUCGGAUCAGUUAAGAACGUCGCAAGAAGAGCUCAAAAACCUGCUUGAAAAACUCACCGAAUCUGGACGUACGAUUCGAGAACUGCGAGCUGAAAAUUCAUCACUUUCCGAUGCCCUCAAUGCUGUCGAGGUCAAAUACGCCAAUGAAAUGGUCUUGCAUUCGGCUGAUAUUCAGCAACUGACCAAAUUUAAAACCGAAUUUUCACAGAUACAAGAUGAAUUAAACAAACUUAAAUGCGGUCGGGACUCUCUGCAGUCGGCUCACGAUGAACUAAAGAAGGCCAAUGAGGAAGCUCAAAUAAUGCUGCAAAAGGAGAAGGAUGAGUUUGAGAAGCGCACAGCUGACUUAAACGCACUUAAUUCCAGCUUGCACGACCAAAUUGAAGCUUUGACCACCAAACUGGCCGCACUAACACAAUCUGCCCCUAACCAGAGUAUUAACGAAUCGCAGCCAGACAUCUCCACUACCGACUUAAAUCUUUCCAAUGCAAGUGAGGAGCUUAAGAACGAGCAGCUUCUGCAAAUAAUUAAAUUCAUACGCAAAGAAAAGGAUUUGUAUUCCGCUAAACUAGACAUUGUGAAGGCUGAAAACGCACGCCUCGUUUCCGAGCACACUAUACUGCAAAAGAAGGUUGAUGAAUUAAAUGGCUAUUUAAAUCAGGAGCGUUCUAGGAGCGAAACAGACGUUGUUUCCGCCUCAAAACAUGAGGAAGUGCUUCGCAAGAUCGAGACCCUUAACGCUAUUACGGACAGCAAUCGUAUAUUACGUGAGGAGCGUAAUUUAUUAACAAAACGAGUUGCCGAUUUAACUGAGCGUAUUAGUAGUGUAGAGAAGGAUUUGUUCCCCAUGCAGCGCAGCAACAAAGAGCUGACAUCUAAGAUCGAAGAGCUUAACGUGGAGAACACUUCGCUUCGUACCGAAGCUAUUAAAUGGCGUCAGCGUGCCAAUGCCCUAGUCGAGAAGAGCAACAGAAACCCCGAAGAAUUCAAGCGGCUGCAAGCCGAGCGGGAACAUCUAGCCAAGCUGCUAACGGCUGAAAAGGAACACAUAAAGAAACUUAACGAGGAAAUAGCUUCGUACAAGUCACGCCUGGAGAGCGAGGUGCCUGCGCUCAAUAAACAUAUUCAACUUUUAAGUGAAGAGCGCAAGAAACUGAGCGAAGAGGCAAUUUCGCUAAAACAAAAUAUCACUCGCAUGACGCAGGAAAUCAUGGAGCUGAAGAAUCGUCUCUUGCAAAAGGAGGAGGAACUGCUGAAGGCCAACGAAGAUAUUGAGACCAAGGACAGGUUUAUACUUGAGAAGGAAACGAAGGAGGUGCAGUUGCGCAAGCUGGCGAAACGCUAUAAGGACAACUAUCAGGGCUUACAGGCGCAGGUAGGCGGAACCGAGGCAGCCGAGUUGCUGAAAUUGCGCACCGAGUUAGAAGAAGUCAAUAACACAUUGCGCACCACCAAAGAGGAAAAAGACAAAUUGACUACCGAAUGUGAUGAACUGAAGACCCGUUCCACCAUCGACAUUGACACGGCUGCUGUACUGCGUGAAUCCAAGCAGAAAAUAGAAAAACUAGUGCAUGAGCUUACAGUUACUAGGACGGAGCUGGCAAAUCAGGAAACAUCGUUUGCUGCAACCAAAACCAGUUAUGAUGAAACGAUUGCACGCCUGGAAAAGGAAUUACAGGAGCAUAUUACUUCCAACAAGGAUGUAAAUGCGCGUCUUACACGGGACAAUGAAUCCUUGCAUCUGCGCAUCAACCAAUUGACACGCCAGCUGGGAUCUCAGCAAUCAACAAAACCCUCGACUAGUUCUGUGGGCAUUGCUGAGAAGGGCAACAUAUCCGACUCUUCGCCACGCACUGCCAACGUCAAGCCCAUGUCGGGCUCGGCUACAGUGCAACAAUCGGCCACUGUGACUCCUUGGCGUGGAGGGGAGACGCCACUGGCCAGCAUACGCCCCAUAUCAGUGCAGAAUAGUCGCACGGCCGCUAUCUUGCCAACCAGUCAGCAACCCUCAGCGGGCAAUGCUUCGACUUCGACAUCCUCAACGUCCACAUCGUCAUCGUCGGCAUCAUCGGCCACUUCGGGCACAGGCAGUAGCAGCUCCUCAGCGGGCAACACGGCUUUGGUGCCACCACAGCAGCAGGUACAUACUACUGGCAGCGCGACUCUGGAGUCUAUGGCUUCAUCGUCGCCAACUUCGUCGCACACAGAUUACAUGCCGUCCACCAGCUCAGCAGCUGUUGCUGUUGCCGCCAUUCCGCCGAUGGGGGCAUCGUCUGCCGCCGAAAGUUCGCAGGAAGCCGAAAGCAUUCAACAACACUCGCAACAGAAUGAUGCACAACUCUUUGUGGGUGGUGGCGGCAGUGGUGGUGGUUCCCAGCAACAGGUAGUCGCAUUGGUGUCUCCCCGUGUCGAAGGCUCAUCGUCGACAUCCACUAGCACAACCUCCACACAAAAUCAGACAGUUCCCAGUGUCCUAAUUUCUCAGGAGGCCAGCAACCAGCAGCAGCCUAGCACAUCGGGCAGCAGCAGCAGUUCCUCAACCGUAGUCAGCAGUCACAGUCGGCACACCCCAUCCAGCAGCAAUGUAACGACCACUCAGGCCGGUUGCUCAUCAAUUGGCAUAGGCAAAAGACCGCGUGACAUUGAGGGUGAUUCGUCGACCAACGCCGAGGAGGGUGUACCCGAGAAAAUAGCCAAACUGGGCAAGCGCUUACGUGCACCCAUGCAUAGUGGAGAACUCUCUGGAGCGCACAUAGGAGACUCUGGUAUGGAUGCAGACCAAAUGCCUACAUCAUCGCAACGCGACCAGGAAGAUGAUAUUGUUGUUGUUGAUUCCGAUGAGGAUGCUUUGGCUGAUGCAGAUGAUGGCCCCAUUGAUGGUGGUGAUGGCGAACAGGAGGGAUACGAAGAUUCAUAUGAACAGGACAAUGAAAUGGACGACAACGAAGGUGUGGACGAUGAGCACAGUCUACCAGCAGAGGUGCAAGACAACAAUGAAGUGGAAAUGUCCGAGCAGCCAUUACAAGUCCAAGAGGAGAGAGAAAUUUUAGAUGCCGCAGCUUCAGCUAAUGUAUCGGUGCAGGAAAAUAAUCAAAGCCAAGCCAUCAGCAGUGGAAGUGGCGAAUCGAAUUCAAGUAAUAUUCCACAAGCUGAGCUCGCCUGGAAGCAAGCUCCGUCGACUUCAGCAGCUAGCCGUCGCACAGAGAAUUCCGUCGAAAUUGUGAGUUCACCGCAGGUUUCAAACUUUGUUUUUAGUGAGCAGUCAACGGGCAUGGAUACUGAAGUAGACGGAACUUCUGUGGACGAAAGCGGGGUGAAGGAUAGUGCUGGCACUAGUGUCGAUUGCACCACAGAUAACUCUCCCCCAAAGCCAAAUGAGGGUGCAGAAACAAGUACGGCGGACCCCCACAAAAAUCCCGAUGAAAGCGGCGACGCAUGCAUCGACAAUGCCAACGAAGCUGAUGAAGCAUUUGCACAAGAAACAGAAGCUGGUAACGAUGAUGAUUUGCAGCAGUCGGGCAGCGAAACUCAAAACGUCGGAACAAGUCAAUCAGAGUUUGCGGACAACCAAGGCCUCCAAAGCGAUCGUGGCUCGGAGGAAAACGAAGGUACUGAUGGCGUAUCCUCAGAGGGUGAGAAACAGGCGGUGGAAGGAGUUGAGGAGGAGGGUCGCGAAGCUGAGGCAACAUCACCUUCAGAGAAUACACGAUCCCGCACCUUGCGCAGCACUAUUCCAACUCGUCGCGGCUCUCGUGCCAUGAUGCGAGGACCCUCCAACAAUAGGCCAACCCCGAUAAUCUGGCAGGGUGACGCCUCACCGGGCAGCGUUCGAAACCAUAACAUUAAUCAGCGCAACCCUGAUCAAGCACUUUCGGGGCCUCCGACCAACCGCAUAUUCACAAACCGCUCACGGGGUCGCCGGACAAUGAGACGCCCUUCGCCAAACAAUUACAACAAUGGUCGAUACCCAUGAAGGCAACUCUAUGAUGCACUUCCGAAUCAAUAUGGGUAUUACUGAUGAGAAGCGCUCUUGGCAUUUACACCUAUGAAAUAGCACUUACAGACGCAACACAAUGAUGAAAUUAUCUAUUAUCCAUUAAUUUUUAAGUGGUUUUCCAUAAGCUGCAGUCUCUGUAUAUUCAUUAAGACUACCCCAAGCAAAUAAAUAUAAAACAGUA